UAUACGAUCCAUUGGGACUCUCGCAUAUAUAAAGACCGCGACGUCCGACGUUGGCAUCACACCACAUCCCGAGUACACAUCGACAACCACAGGUUGAAGUUUGCAGAUCAGUCGUAGACAACACAAGAAGAAAUCACCAAAACAGAAAUGGCUUCUUUCAAGUAUCUGAUAUUCAUCGCCUUGACCGUCCUCAGCGUGUACUAUGCCGCUGCCCAGGAAUCACCAAAAGUCGAAGAACAAGUCGGCGCUGAAGCCGCCAGAGUAAAGAAACACGCUUACAUCGCCGCCCCAGCUUUGGCCUACUCCGCUCCAGUCUACCCAUACGCCUACUCGGCUUACCCGUACUCGUACUCGUACCCGGCCGCAUACCCAACUGCUUACGCCGCUUACCCGAGCUACGCUUACGCUCACGAUGACGGCAAGUACUGGCCAGGCAAAUACGAAAAGACUUACUACCCAGCUGUCCCAGCUUACAAGUCCGCCUACCCGCUUUACCACUACUGAACACCCAUUCCCGACAACGCCUCUCAGAUUUUCCGGCAACAAACGUAGUUUUUAAGAUAAUUUUAUACAAAAAAUUUUUAACAAUAAAAAUGUGAUCUUUUUUUUUCAACAA